AAGUCUGAUGGAGUGCUUCUUCUCCUUCGUGUCAACAUAUGAGCAGCAACAACCAUCAGCACCUGCACAGUCAGCCAACAGCAACAACAACAACAACAACAACAACAACAACAACAACAACAACAACAACAACAACAACAACAACAACAACAACAACAACAACAACAACAACAACAACAACAACAACAACAACAACAACAACAACAACAACAACAACAACAACAACAACAACAACAACAACAACAACAACAACAACAAGGCCACCGGGCUAUGUGGAUCCAGCUUACUUCAAGUCUAACAAGGCCACCCCCAUGGCUGAUGUAUACAGCUUUGGCAUUGUGAUGCUGACGGUGCUGACAGCACGCCAGUCAGUCAUUCCACAAGGCAAUGACAGCCAGCUGAACAUCCGGAAAUGGGCGGAAGACCUUCUCAAGGCAGGCAAGGCGUCCGAACUCAAGGAUCCCCGAUUGGACGCUCCGGCAGAUUUGAUUCUGCGGAUGGCGCAGCUGGCGCUGCGCUGCACUGCCAUGCCGACCGUGUCUCGUCCCGACAUGGUGCAGGUUGUAUCUGAGCUCUCAGCGCUCAGGAAGGAAUACCUGGGGGAGGCGCCACCCAGGAUGGCGGCUAGGAUAGACGAGGAGGUGGAGGAGCUUAGGGUUGGGGAUUUUAGUGCGGAAAUAAGGAUGGCUGAAAGGAUGGCGUUUCAGAAUAGCACCAGCGCAUUGAGUAUUCGAUAAAGGAGUUGGAAGUCAGGCAGUAGCAAAGAAAUACGCAUAGAAUGAAAGGAUGGAGUUUCAGAAUAGCACCCGGCGCAAUGAGCAUCCGGUAGAAAAAGGAGUUGCCUUAAGGCGGUAGGCAGCAGCACUCAGGAACGAAUACCUGGGGGAGGCGCUGCUGGUGAUGGGCAGGAAUAUCAGCUCCUAUGGUGUGGGCAGCUAUGUUGUGAAGUGAGCGGAAGAUGCAAGGAGGGGGAACUUUGCGAGAUAAAUUUGCUACUGUAGAGCACAUGGUGUUGACAGGGAGUGCUUGAAGCAUGUGAGAAUUGAUGAGGAGAUGGCUGCUGUGGAGUGGAUGGCGAUGGGUGGGAGUACCAGCAGAUACGAUGUCAAGCGAGUAGAGUAGCAGAAGACGGGGGGGUGUCUACUGCUACGGUGCCCCACGAUGGCUGCUGUGGAGUGGAUGGGGAUGGGGGGGAGCAUCAGCAGCUAUGGUGUCAAGUGAGAGGAGGCAGGGAGGGGGGAGCAGGAGAAAGGGGAGGUAUGCUGGAGGAUUCUGCUGUUUAAUAGGAGUUGGUGAUGGGUGGGAGUACCAUCAGGCAUGACGUCAACGGAGCGGACGAGGCAGGGAGUGGGGAGCAGGAGGAUGGGGAAGCAUGCUGGAGGAUUCUGCUGCUAUGGGGGUGGGGAUGGUGACGGGCGGGAGUGCUAGCAGCUGCUGUGUCAAGUGAGAGGAGGUCCAGAAGAGGGGGGGGGGGGGGGGGGGGGGGGGGGGGGUGUGUGAAGUGAAAGGGCAGGGAGAGGGAGACUUGCUGGAGGAACUGGGUGUUGUGGAACGGAUAGUGAUGGGCGAGAUUUACUCCCUCCCUGGGAAUACUACGAUAUAAACCACAGUGCCGAGUGAGUGGUUGGUGCAUUGACCAUGAUGAUUGCAUGCAAGGAGGGAGGGCGGAGAGUUUUGGCUUACCACUAGGAGAGGUGGUGGUAUGUGGGUGAUCAGUAAAUCACAUUGUGUUAGGGCGCGUUAUAAGAUGCCAAUGUAAUUGGUUGCGUUGCGUUUUAGAGCAAUUGGAUCGUGAGGUAAAAUGGUUGGGUAAGC